AUGGGACCCGAAAGCGGCUUGAUCCUCGCUCUUCUCUGCUGGGCGGCGGGCGAGGUGGCCUCCUACCCACCUUGGGAUUUCUCCUGGGGCCAGCCGGCGAGCCGGGGGGCGCGGGCAGACCCCCACGCCUGGUCCUGGGUGGAAGACCCCCAAUCUCGAGCCGUGACCAGCCAGCAGCCGGUGAGGGUGGAGUGCCAGGAAGCUCAGCUGGUGGUGACGGUGCACCGGGACCUCUUCGGCACCGGUCGCUUGGUCAACGCAGCCGACCUGACGCUAGGACCGGCGGCGUGCAAGCAUUCCUCGCUCAACCCUGCCCACAACACCGUCGUCUUCACCGCCGGGCUCCACGAGUGCGGCAGCAUCGUGCAGAUCACGCCGGACUCCCUCAUCUACCGCACGCUCCUCAACUACGACCCCAGCCCCGCCAGCAACCCCGUCAUCAUCCGCAGCAACCCCGCCGUCAUCCCCAUCGAGUGCCACUACCCCCGGAGGGAGAACGUGAGCAGCAACGCCAUCCGGCCCACCUGGGCUCCCUUCAGCGCCACGCUGUCGGCGCAGGAGAAGCUGGUGUUCUCCUUGCGCCUCAUG